UGUUGUUGUCGUUUAUGAUGUUAAGUACGGAUUAUUGUUGAAUUUGAUAGUGACUAUUGUUUGAAAUGUAUUUCACGAAGGAAUGAAACUUUAAUUUACACAUAAGCAAAUCAGAUAGACAUACUAUAAAGGUAGACGUAAUGUAAUGGCAAAUCCAAGAAAAUUUAGUGAGAAGAUUGCACUUCACAAUCAGAAACAGGCAGAGGAGACUGCUGCGUUUGAACAAGUUAUGCGGGAAGUUCUCGGAGCGAAACGGGUUGUUUAUCAGAAACAACAGCUGUUGAUUAACCAAUCGCUAGGAUCAUAUAGAGGAGGUUCUCUACCAAAUGUUAACCAGAUAAGCAACAGCUCUGGUGAUGCUGAGCAGCAGGGAGCGAUAGUAAGAAUGGACGAUGUUAAACAAGGGUGUGAUCUUCUGAGUGACAGAAUGGAAGUAGAUAGAAUUAGGCAAUUUUCUUUGCAUGGGUUAAGACAAAUUGGAAUUGAUAAACAGAUGAAUGAUUUUGUAUUGACAAGUGGAGGCCAAACGUAUUUAUCGUUACCUUCAGAUACUAACUGGCGAAGGACCAAUUCUGACUCAGCUCUCCACCAAACAACAUCACUUUCGCAGAAGAAAGGAUUAAGUAAUGAAAAGGACAGUACACAAACAUCAUCAAAUGUCUGGGAUCCCAGAAAACAACCAGAAAAUAAUAUUCUCCCAAGUUUGUCCCAGUCUUUGCCAAAAUCUGGUGAAGUACCUUCCAUAGAUGUUUAUCCCUUGGAUGAUGAAAGUAGUUUGAUGCAUAUUGCCAUGUCCAACAACACCGGUUCUCUGCCAGAUUUAACCAAUUUGCAGUUUCCUUCACCUCUUGCUACCCCAAUUGAUAUAGAGGAUCACACAGGAGCAUUGGUUAGCUCCUCCUACAGCCCAAGAAAUUCACCACAAGCCAUUUCUGGAAACUUUCCUUCAUCAUUGUCUCCGCAACAGCAGCAUGUACAUAUUAUUGGACCUGAAAUAAAUGAAGUAGGUUUAACCCUUCCAAGUUCCAGUGGGGAGCGAGGGGGCAGCCGGCAUUCUAGUCCUGGUCCUUCUCCAUCUCCAUCUUCGCGACAUCGUCAUCAUCAUAACCAGAACAUGUUGGUUAUAGGUAGUGGUAGUUCUAGAAGUCGAGGGCAUCAGCAUGGUUCCCAUACCCUAAAACAACAAGGGAUGUCAAAAGAAACGAAAGGUCUAUCUUUAAACACCUACACUCAGCAGACUAAACUUGGUGUAUAUCCUGAACAACAGGCCUAUCCUACUUCUUGUGAUUCUUAUGGAAAUAGAUCAGGAACAUUAUCCCAGGUUUCUAUUGGUCUGUAUCAUAGUAAUGGCCCACUUGACCAUUCGUGUAGUGCUCCAACAUCACCAGUGGCCCACAGUGUAUCCCCUGUAGAUUCAUGUGAAUUAGGGUCAAACCUUUCCUUGAGCAAGAGCCCUUUCACCGACACGGACUACUACUUCCAGCAGCAUCAACAACCAGCAACAACUCUUCAACAGCAGCAGGAACAGGUGAAAAUGUUGAAUGAAACAGCUGAACAGAAGGAUCAGAUUUCCAUUCUUGCAGACAACAUUUCUUCUGGCAAUAGCCCUAUGUCACAGACCACCUCUGGGAUUGGAUAUGUGGACGUUGUAAGACUGUUUGAUAAGAAGGCAGAGCUUGUGGAAGGAACAAAAUUACUUUAUCCUGAUGUGUUUGCCCAAGGUCUUCUGGGUGAUCAGGAAACUCUGGAGAUGGCCAUCCAGUUCUAUGGCAUGGUUUCAUCAGGAUCAGAAGCUUACAUACAGUCUCCCCCUUUUUUGUCUUCUUCAAAUGUGUUACCUUCAAAUCAUCCCACAACCCCUAAGACUCCUCAAACACCCACUAGCAUUCCUGAUAUUGUUCUCACAGCACCUGGUGGUGAAGAACCCUUAAUAAAACAAGACUUUGCUUGUGGCUUAAGUUCAACAGUGACAAAUAUUUCUGGCUGUUUUGAUGUUGACUUUUUUCCUGCAGAGGAAGCACUAAGAGCUGGAUUAGAUCCUAUUGACUUGGAUGGAUUACAGAUUCUUACAGAUCCAGAUAUAUCAGUAAUUACUGAUCCUGCCAUGGAGGAAACAUUUCGCUUGGAUCGUUCAUAGUUCUUUAGAGCUAUCAGUCACUUUUAAUUUUGUUCAAGAAGCGAUAAUAUUUAAAUUUCAUGUAAUUAUUGUGCAUUUACCCAGUAAUGAAAAUCAUUUUAUAAAAGAACGAAUGUUUUUUGACUGCCAGAGUACUGAAAAAAUGCGACAAAUGAGUGCCAAAGAAAGGGGCACUUUAAAAAAAGUGCAUGUAGCUUUUCUUGUAAAAAAAAAAUAGGAAAUUUAGAAAUCACUUCUAAGCAUUAUUAUACUACAUCUAGCCAAAGAGUGGAUUAACAUAUAAACAAGAUCAAGAAUAGGUUUAUAAUUUAAUACCAUUUUGAAAACGUACUACUAAAUGAUUUCAACUACUGCCUUAUAUUAGAAUUUCUGGAUUCUUACUUCAUUAAUACAUUGAGCAUCAUUAAAGUAUCAAUACAGCUUUAUCUAUAACAUUAGAACAGUGAAAAAACUGAAUUUGUUUUUAAGUUUAUGGGUUGUGAAUAUAUUAUCACCACCAAAAACAAUGACUCUUGUAUAUUUCAUGAUUAUGUUAGCCCUAGCAAAAUCUCAGUGCUCGACCUAUUAGUGUUUGUGAUGAUUUUUUUUUCUAAAGAAAGUGGUUCUAGUCCUUUUUGUGUUCUGUCCAGAGAUUUUAAAUGCACACUUGUUAAUCUGUUUUUUCACAGUUCAUUGCCAAAGAUUAAGUCUUUAAGACUGAUUAAUGAUUCUGUGUUUGAUUGUCUGAACCUGUGCCCAUUUUUAUUGUUAAGUAAGUUUACGAGUUCAUUUAUACUAUGUUUUCUUAUAUAUAUUUUAUAUACAUUUACAUAUAUAUAUAUAUAUAUAUAUAAUACUGUUGCAGAUGGAAAUACCACCUAGGCAAAAAAUGGGAAAACUCAAGUUGGCAAUGUUGUGAAUUAUUCAUAGGUUCUUAUAAUUCAUUGAUAAGACUUUUAUUUUUUACUGGUUUGCGAGUUAUUUACCCUUAUAGUUUUCAUGUAUUUAAAUUUAAUAUAUAUGUUUGUAGAAAUGUCAUAAAAUGCUGUGAUAAGUUUCUCAGUUUGUUUGUUUUUAAAUUAAGAAACAAUGUUAUAUUGAUUGUUGACAUUUUAAGUGAAAUGUUGGUGAAUUCUAAGCAUUGUUUGUAACUUUCAUAAUAUUCAUAUCAAAUUUAAAAUAUUAUUGGCACGUACAAUCAUUUCAUUAUAUGACAAAAAUAAGGUAUUGAUACUACCUAGUGUGUUAACACAUUUAAUUAAUAGUUAAAACAGACUGAAAAGGUUUGGAAAGCAGUUGUGUUGAGAAGUUUUAUCCUUGGAAGAUGCAUACACUGUGACAUUAAUUAACACCCAAGAGCAGUAGAUGUCUGACCCUUAAAAGUGUAAGUGGUCAUAGCUACUAAUAUAUAUAUAUAUAAAUAACAGCAAAUUGCAACAAAGCUAGAGUAUUGCAGAGAAGAGCUUGUUGAUAAAGUCAUAGAAAUAUCAGUAAAAAUAUUAACUAAUUUGAAUUAUUGUAUUAUUUAUGUAAAUUUCAUUGCAGUGUCAACAUAUUUUCUAUAAAAAAUUUUCUGUUCUGAAAAUUCCAGAGUUCAAUGCAAAAUAAGGUAUUAACUGUUUAUUUUUUUUGUGCUCACUUACAAGAAUGAAGUACAAGUGGCAUGUUCAUGAAAUGAACGAGGCUAAUAUUAACCUCUAAGAUAAUAGAAUGUAGAAGGAAACAAAUAAGGUGAAAAACUUUUGAAAUUAAAAUUAGUCUACUGAUGGAUAUUGAAACAAAAGUUUGGGGCAGCAGGUCUUUAUUAUGUUUCCAGUGAGAAGUAGAUGAGAAGAGAAAAACUAAUAUUUUCCAGUUUUAUGCAUUUCCGAAAACUUAGCACAAGUUGUUGUAACAGAAGUUCUUGGAAAUAGUAAUCUGAUCAUUUCAAAUUAAAGAUUUUGUAAAUUAACAUUCCAUGAUAAUUGCUGUGAUGAAAGCCCAAGCAUCAACUAAGUAAUGUAUAGACAAUAAUGUUAUAUUGUUUUAAUAUUGUACUUUUUUCAGUUGAAACUUAUACAAAACAAUUAGAUCCAUAUACAUUAAGAUGUUGAUCAAUAGAAUAUUUUUAGGAUACUUUUCAAACCAUAGAAAAUAGUGUCACGUGUGCCAGUUAAGUUUCAUAGACUGAAUCAUAAAGCUGUGAAAGGUUUUUUUUUGUAAUAUUAUUGUUUAAACCACUUUUAUAGUGUGCACGGGAAAAGAAGUCAGAUGUUUUUUUUGGUGAUUUUGGACAUUAGUUAAUUGUUUCAAGUAACAACAUUUGUGUCGCAAAGAGCAAGUGUGGUUCCAAGCAUUAAAGAAUUGGAUACAAUAAGAACAUUACAUGAUUUUAGCCCUAGUAUUAUUUCGAUCAACUGAUCUUUGGAUGAAAGAAAAGCACCAAUUGUUUAAGGAAAUGGUGUUUAUCUCAUGGAAAAACAAAUUUGGUGAUAACUAAUAGAUGGUUGAUUAAGGUCAAAGUUUGUGAGAAUGUAGUUUCAACCGCUAGAUCACUGGUUUUACUUCCAUCAUGUUUGUUCUAAUCAAUCCUGUAUCAUAUCAGAAAAGAACAUCACCAUGUUUUCACUUACUUUCUCUAAGCAAUUAUUUAAGAACACUGCCUCUGACUGUAAUAUAUAUGCUUAUGUAUUUAUAUUUUCAGAUUACUGGAAAUUUGAAGUUUUCAUUUUUUUUUUUAGCAAUUAUAUCUGUUUACUGGAAUUAUUUAACUUAUUUUUUAUUUAUAGAACCAAACAACGAAUUCAAAGAAAAUCUGAAUGGUUACUCGCAUAGGAGACAAUUUUAGAAGGUUUCUUCUACUCUGAAUUUUGUUUUUGUUUUUUUUAGUUUGAACCUGAAAUUAUUAGAUUUUGUAAAUCACCAAAAAUAUUUCUUCUUUUAAGAUGUAGAGACAUUCUCUAUUAUAUUUACAGUUUAUAUAUAUAACCGCUGUUUGUAUAAAGAGUAGUGGAAGUAUACAUUUUUUGCUGUGCUGUUGUACACAAGUGACACUUUUUGAGGCUUUAGUUUGGAAAAAUCGUACAAUCACCAGUUUGAAUGUAGAGUUAAAGACUUGAUAAGACCUCAUCUAUAUUUGAAAAAAAAAUGAUUUAAAUGUAUAUUAAAAUGAGAUACAAGAAUAUUUGCCCAACAAAUAAGCUAAAAAAAAAUUUAAUACUCUAAUGGUAAUAAAGUUUAUUGAAUAUGAAGAGAAAACUUAAACACUAAUGCCCUUUAUAUUUUCUAUAGAGAAUUGAAAUUUGGAUGAUUUCUUUCUCAAAUAACAUUUGUGUCUUAAAGUGUUUGUAAUUUCAAGUUUUGAUAACUAAGAUUUUUUUACGGGGGGUAAACGAAUGUUUCACAUGCUUGUGCCCCUUUAAUAAAUAUUUUUUUGAAAGAAAUUAGUUCUUUGAACAGGUUUUGUUUGAAAGUACAACUGCUGCAUGAAAUGGAUGAGGACGGAUGUAAACCAGUUUUUGUGUGUGUGGGUUGAACAGUGGUAUAUUCUAGAUAAUGUUUGAGUCAGUGUUUUAUUUUGUGUAUUGAACAGUGGUAUGUUGUAGAUAAUGUUUGAAUCAGUGUUUUAUUUUGUGUGUUGAACAGUGGUAUGUUCUAGAUAAUGUUUAAAUCAGUGUUUUUUGUGUGUGUUGAACAGUGGUUUGUUCUAGAUAAUGGUUGAGUCAGUGUUUUUUGUGUGUUGAACAGUGGUUUGUUAUAGAUAAUGGUUGAGUCAGUUUUUGUUUUUUUGUAUGUUGAACAGUGGUAUGUUCUAGAUAAUGUUUGAGUCUUUUUUGUUUUUUGUGUGUGUGUUGAACAGUGGUAUGUUCUAGAUAAUGUUUGAGUCUGUUUUUUGUGUGUUGAACAGUGGUAUGUUCUAGAUAAUGUUUGAUUCAGUGUUUUUGUUUUUUUGUGUGUUGAACAGAGGUAUAUUCUAGAUAAUGUUUGAGUCUGUUUUUUGUGUGUGUGUGUGUUGAACAAUGGUAUAUUCUAGAUAAUGUUUGAGUCAGUGUUUUUUGUGUGUGUGUGUUGAACAAGUGGUAUGUUCUAGAUAAUGUUUGAGGCAAUGUUUUUUGUGUGUGUUGAACAGUGGUUUGUUCUAGAUAAUGUUUGAGUCAGUGUUUUUUGUGCAUGUUUGUUGAACAAUGGUAUGUUCUAGAUAAUGUUUGAGGCAAUGUUUUUUGU